UUUUUGAGAGAUACUGUAUAGAAAUGGACGGCCACUUGAAAGAUUCCGCGUUAGGGUUUUUGCCAUGGCGGUGAUCGAGGACGAAUUUUUGGAGCUGCGCCUUCUGCGAGAGGCGUUCCCUCAGCUGUCGCUCAAAUCGAUCGUCGCGGCGUACAAUGCCGCGGAUGGAAGCGUGAAUGCCGCCGCGGGGGCGCUGGAGCAGCAAAUCUCAGGUAGCAGCGAAGGAAAUGGGGCAUCUCCAGUAGCUCACGGGAAAUGCGACGAGGUUUUGAGCUCGGGCCAGGUUUGCGACGACGAUCACGAAGGUUCUCCUAGAAAUUUGCUAGGAAGGUCUCGUUCCAGGAAAUGGACUACUGUGGCCCGCUCGGGCACCGUUUCCAGUGUCCGAGCUUGCUCCGACACUGGAAAGAAACGCAAGAGAAGGCAUCAGAAGAAGAAGAUGAUGAAUGGGCUUGAAGAGCUCUCGCCAAAGGAAGAAGAAGUUCCAAAGAACGACAACAAAGAGCUUGAAGAAUUUCUUCUUUCUAUGCUAAGUGGCGACCUUGGAAUGGACGUUGUUCGCGAUGUUAUAUACGAGUGUGAGGGCGAUCCACAGAGAAGUCUGGAUUCUCUACUGGCGAUUAUGUCGAGCGAGGCUACCGCCAACGAGCGGGAGGUGGAAGAACGAAACGAUGUUCUUGCUCUCUGGGAAGCCUUUCCUGACAAGUAUCCGGAGGACGUUGAAAGAAUUUACAAGGAGCACGGAAGUCAAUUGGAAUUGGCCACAAACAAGUUGCUCGAUGUAAACCAGCUCACGAAAGGAAAGGAGUCGUCUUACCAAGUGCUUGCGACUGAAGUUUUAUGCUCGGAGGUUUUAGAAAAACUAAAAUCCUCUUUCCCGAGUGUUGACCCGAGGACACUCGAAGAGGUCUUAAAAACAACGGAGAAUGAUUUCAGCGCGGCAAUGAACUAUCUGUCCGAGGCGGGCCUGACGCCAAUGAAAGAGGUCGCUCAAGAGUUCCUCAAAAAAGUUUUCAAGCCUCCCGAUCCACGGAUCGAGAAAGAAUCCGAUUGGACAGAAGUUAAAGUCAAGCCCAAGGCACCAAGAAGGCCGUCGAAGAUCGAUGACAAAAUUUCAAAGGAUGGACGGGACAACUUGGAGCCUGAGCACGCAAGCGCAGUCGAAUACUGGUCGAUAAUGAAGGAUUGCUUCUUAAAGGCUACAGCAGCUUAUUCAAGCGGUCACCGGAGCCUAGCAAGUCAUCUCUCGGAGAAGGGUCGGAAGUACAGGCAGCUGGCUUUGCAGGCGAGAGACAGAGAAAGCAAACGAAUUUUUCGUACCAAGAACAAUGGCUAUAACAACAACAUAACGAUUGAUUUACACGCGCAACACGUAGACGAAGCACUUCGCUUGUUUAAGCUCCACUUGGACGCUCUCCAAGCCAUAACUUCUGUGCACACGCUCACUGUGAUCACUGGCAGUGGCAAUCACGCAGCAAAUGGGAAGCCAAAGUUAAAGCCAGCUAUAAUCGCUUACAUGAAUCGAAAGGGACUGAAAUGGUCGGAAGUAAAUCCCGGGUGUUUGAUCCUUGAUCUCCACACGUGAAAGCUUUUUAAACUAACAGUGUAAAGGACCGUUAUAAUUUAUGUUUUACCUUUUAUUU